GGCCUCCUUUUCUCUCCCUCUCUGCCCUGCCCCGCUCCACUACUUCUUCUCCUUCUUCCCCGGCUCCGGUCCUCUCCCCCCGCCGCUCGCCGGACCCCCCUAACCUCCCCGGCCAUAUACAAAUAUCCUUCCACCCCAGCACGAAAGCUGCCGCCUUUCGGCCGGAUUGUAUUCGCCGGCGACGAUUAUCGGUCGCCGAUGGUGGAGGAUUGGGAGGAGCACUGAGGGAGCUGGCUGCGGCGGCGAUCGUGGAGGUGGAUAAAUGUACCGGAAGAACGAGUCGGCACUCUCCUGCUUCUACCUCUACCUCCUCUGGUUCUUCUUCCUCAAAGACUAGAAGCACAGCACAUCGAUCGAUCCAGCCAGCAAGCUCGAGAUUGAGAUUGUUUUGAGUUUGGUACGUAUAUAUAAUAUAGGUGUCGUUGAUUGGGAGAGAUCGAUGGAGCUGGAUCUGAACGUGGAGGAGAAGCUCCCGAUGGCGGCGGCGGCGAGGAGCGAGUCCGGGACGUCGGAGUCGUCGGUGCUGAACGGGGAGACAUCCGCGGCGGCGGAGGAGGGGUCGAGCUCGACCCCCCCGCCGCCGAUGCGGGCCGCGCUCGAGUUCAGCAUCCUGCGGGCCGAGGGCGAGAACGACGUGGGCGACGAGGACGAAGAAGAAGAGGCCACGCCGUCGCCGCCAUGGCCGCCGCUGCAACAGCAGCUCGUCACGCGCGAGCUGUUCCCAUCCGCCAUGGCCGCCGGCAGCGGCCCGCCGCCGCAGCAGCAUUGGGCGGAGCUCGGCUUCUUCCGCCCGCCGCCGCCGCAGCCGGUCGACGUCAGGUUCCUGCAGCACGCCCACGCCCCGCCGCCGGGUCCUCCUCCUCCGCCGCCGCCGGCCGCGCAGCCGCCGCCGGCCAAGAAGAGCCGCCGCGGCCCGCGCUCCCGGAGCUCGCAGUACCGCGGCGUCACCUUCUACCGCCGCACCGGCCGCUGGGAAUCCCAUAUCUGGGAUUGCGGCAAGCAAGUGUACUUAGGUGGAUUCGACACUGCUCAUGCCGCUGCAAGGGCGUAUGAUCGAGCGGCGAUCAAGUUCCGCGGCGUCGAUGCCGACAUAAACUUCAACCUCAGCGACUACGAGGACGACAUGAAGCAGAUGAAGGGACUGUCAAAGGAGGAGUUCGUCCACGUGCUGCGGCGGCAGAGCACUGGCUUCUCGCGUGGCAGCUCCAAGUACAGAGGCGUCACCUUGCACAAGUGCGGCCGGUGGGAGGCGCGCAUGGGCCAGUUCCUCGGCAAGAAGGCUUACGACAAGGCGGCGAUCAAAUGCAAUGGUAGAGAAGCUGUGACCAACUUUGAGCCUAGCACAUAUGAGGGGGAGUUGUUGACUGAAGUCACUUCUGAAGGCGCAGAUGUCGACCUCAACUUGAGCAUAUCUCAACCUGCUUCCCAGAGUCCCAAAAGAGAUAAGAACAGCCAUGGCCUGCAACUCCACCAUGGAUCACUUCAAGGCUCUGAGGUGAAGAGAGCCAAGAUUGAUGCUCCCUCUGAGCUGGCCGCGCUCCCUCAUCGUCAGUACCCCCUUCUGGCAGAACAUCCACCAAUCUGGCCUGGCCAAUCAUACCCCAUAUUCUUAAAUAAUGAGGGUGCAGCCAGAGAACAACACAUCAGGAGGCCAGAGGUGGGCAUUGGGGGUGUUCCAAGUUGGGCAUGGAGGGUGAGCCACCCUCCUCCCACACUGCCAUUGCCCCUCUUCUCGUCAUCAUCGUCAUCGUCCGCUGCAGCAUCAUCAGGAUUCUCCAAAACUGCCACCACGACAGCUGCCCCCGCCGCCACACCGGCCUCAUUCCGGUUUGACCCGAUGGCUCCAUCAUCGUCUUCAAGCUACCACCACCGCUGAAAGUGAAGCAACACUGUAAAUUUUUUACCAGGAAGCCGGUGCCCUUUUUCACCCCUCCGGCGUUUCAGCGGUUUUCGGUCUUGCGCCGGGGCGGUUUCUUGUAGUGGAUUGGGUUCAUGGCUGUAUUUUCCAUUGCUUCCCAAGCGAAAUAUGUUCCUUCUCUCCAUGGCUUUCUGUGUCGUCAUCCAGUCCGGUAAUUCUCGCUGUCGGACACUUGCUAACCUCACCACCAUCUCACCAUCUGAGAUUACUUUAUAAAAAAUUUGAUAGAGAAAUUGCCAUACAAAUUCAACAGUACAGAUACCAUGAGAUAAGUGGAACCUUUACUUUGGGAAUUAUUCCACUUCCUUUUCUUGGCUGUCAGUUGGCUCUUCUCAUUGCUUCGGAGCCAACUACCACACUGGGUCGUACUGUUGUUUGUUCUUUCACUGUUGCAAGAAUAUAUAAUGCUUGUAGUUCAACUCACAUAUGCAAUCAUACAUGAUUUUAUCUC